AUGAAACUCAACUUCAGUGAUUUCCGCAGCCAAGAGCUCUAUUUUGCCUUGGCGGACUUUACCAAGAUCAAGUUCCGGAAGUCCCAGGAGACCCUGAAUAUCCUUGGUGAAUUCGUCAAAAAGCUGGAUACUGAUGCCACGGAUGAAGAUCUCCAAUGUUUUACCGUGGAUAAUGGGAUGAUUUUCAUUGAUCACAUGUUUGAUGAAGGUGUCAAACGCAACGAGUGGAAUGAGUUGGGUUCUGCUACAGUAUUCCUAUGCAUUCUUCCAGAAGGUUCUUCGCCCCUUCCUAUGAUUAUUUACAGUGGAUUGUUUGAUGGUUCCCUCAAGAAGCAUUUCAACAAGGAUGAACUUUUCAAGUUCCUCCGAAGCAAAGUCCACUUUGAUUAUGCCAAUGAGAAAGAUCUCAUUCUGGCGCUGAAAGAAGAGAUUGUUCGAGGACCUGUACGAGAUGUUCGGGAUUACAUCACCAAGGAAAAGCUUCUCCCCCUUUCUCAAAGAAAACUCUUCCUAAAUGCAUUGUGGCUGCCAGCGGAAUCUUCCAAAUACACCAAUGCCGGCUACAAAGCUUUAGAUACAGUGGUGGAAGCAAUCCAGAUUCCUGACGAUGUAGUGCGUGCUGCGCAGUUAUGCAAGGUGGAACAUCUCCAGAACCAGCUGAAUGCAGAGAUGGAAACAGAAGACCUCCCUUUGAUGCAAGACUUUUUCUUUGAUGCCAACAAGAUGAUACCACAAUAUUCUUGA